CAUCUCCAACAUGACAGAAUGUCGGGAGAACCUCAAAGCCGCUCUCGAAGUCCAUCGAGAGGCUUGGAUGAAAGAGUAGCAGAAGACAUCGAGGGCGAGUCCCAAGAAGCGCGUCUGGAACGACUCGGCCGCCAACGCCCAGAAAAGUUCAAAUCAUUAUGGAAUGAAAUCGGCUUUGUCUAUUCCAUUACAAUGUCCCAAGCUUUGACGGAAUACUUUGUCUCCGGCUUCAACGUCGUCCUUCCAACUGUAGCCGAGGAUUUGAACAUUCCCUCCGCAUCCAGCACUUGGCCCGCCAAUGCCUUUUCCCUCGUGGUCGCCUGCUUCCUGCUCACCUUCGGUAGGCUUGGCGACAUGUACGGCGGCUUCCCCGUCUAUGUCGCCGGCAUCGCCUGGUUCACAGUCUGGUCUUUCAUUGCAGGCUGGUCGCAAAACGAACUAAUGAUGGACUUCUGCCGAGCCCUUCAAGGCCUUGGGCCAGCUGCGUAUCUGCCAACUGGCCUGAUGCUUCUUGGAAGCGUCUACCGGCCUGGACCUCGGAAGAACAUGGUAUUCAGCUUGUACGGUGCUAUGGCGCCACUAGGCUUCUACAUCGGGAUCUUUUUUGCAGGUGUUACAGCGCAAUAUACAACAUGGCGAUAUUAUUUCUUUAUUGGAACAAUACUGAGCCUGAGCACAGUCGUCGUCGCGUAUUUCACCAUCCCUUCGGACAGCGAAGAAAGAAAAGGCCUGCAAAUCAAGAUGGACUGGUGGGGAGCGGUGCUGAUUUCCUGCGGACUUAUCCUCUUCGUCUUCGCCAUCACAGACAGCGCGCACGCUCCCAACGGAUGGGCCACACCAUACAUCCCGACUCUACUCGCAGUGGGCGUUCUGCUCCUCAUGGCUGCUGUCUAUGUCGAAGGCUGGGUUGCAGAGAUGCCUCUCCUGCCAUUCGACAUGUUCAAAGCCAAGUACAUGAAGCCGCUGUGCGUGGCUCUUCUCUUCGCGUACGGCAGUCUAGGCAUUUUCCUCCUCUACGCGACCUUCUACAUGAGCGAAAUCAUGGGCGGCACGCCCCUGCAACUAGUCGCAUGGUUCACGCCCAUGGCCCUCGGCGGGUGCAUAAUCUCGACCGUGGGCGGCCUAGUCCUGCACCGUAUCCCCGGCACAGGCCUCAUGAUCCUCUCGGGCGCAGCCUUCAUCAUCUGCCCCCUGCUAUUCGCGCUCGCCCCGCCCGGCGCCAAUUACUGGGCCUGGACCUUCCCGAGCAUGAUCUGCGCGACCAUCGGCAUCGACGUCACGUUCAACGUCGCCAACGUCUUCAUCACGACGAGUCUGCCGCUGCGCCAGCAGGGCCUUGCUGGCGCCCUCAUCAACUCCCUCCUCCAGCUUGGCAUUGCCGUGUUUUUGGGGUUUGCGGAUGUGGCCGCUGCGCGCACGAGUGAUAGGGGGAAGAGGGAAAGCUAUAAGGUCGUUUUUUGGUUUGAGGUUGCAGCUGCCGCUGUCGCGUUGGCGCUUAUGGUUGGGUUCGUGAAGAUUAAGGCUGCGAAGAGUGGGUUGACUGCUGAUGAGAAGGCGGCGUUGGAGGCGGAGGAGGCGGAGCUGCAAGUCGAGGGGAGUGGUGGGAGUAGGGGGUAAGGUGCUGUGAGGUGUAGAAAGAGGUGGAGAUGAAGGUAAUGUAGAUAAUAAGAAUAAUGUAAUCACGGAACUAUCUCAAAACUGUCUAGGCACGAUCAUCGUAGGUACAGUACUUACUUCUACGCCUGCCUACACGAAACAGUUUCGUAGUAGAUACCAAGGAAAAUAGAG